UAGAUUUCUCAUAUAAGCUUUGUGCACUUUUUCCAAGUUCUGCAAAUCAAUCACAAUGUGGCCUGUGGUCGGUUAUGGGAUCAUUAGAAUGUGAUCACCACCAUUUUCUGGGCUUGAGCUUGAUAUCAAUUCCAAUAUCUUGGACCUUUUUGGUGCAUACGAUUGGAUUGGAUUUGCUAACUCAUUACAGUGAAGGAAGAAAUGGAGGCUCAUUUCUAACUUUUCUGCAAGUUGAAGAAAGAAGAUGGUGGUUAAAUGAAGGACACCUAUGGUUCCAAUCUGCACAAGAUGUGAUAUCAAUUCCUUAUAACUAAUCCAACUUCUUCCCUCAAAUUGGAGAAAAGUUGGAAGUCAGCCUCCAUUUCAUCCUUUAAUACACGUUGAAUCUAAGGAUUUUACACAUCCAAUCAGUCCAAGUCACCAAAGGAGACCAUAAAGUUGGUGUGUGUUCAUCUUAAGGAGGAACAUCAGCUCUUUCCUCUUCACAAAAAAGGGUGAACGAAGGAUGAGAAUGUAGAUUCUGUUUUGAUUUAUAAGUAAAAGUUGAAUGUUGGAUUUGUUUUAGGUAGUCACACAUCCAGAGGGAUAUGGAUCAAAUGUAAAAAGAAGGGAUCCAACAUCAAACUCCGAAGGUAUGGCUCUGCUUAAUUAUGGAUAAUAUUAUACAUACCCAUGAGCAAUGGACAUGCAGACAACAGUGCUGCCAGUUUCCGAAGUCUGCAAGUUCUAGAAUGAACUUGUAUAUAUAUAAAUCUAUAUGUAUGUGUGUGUGUCUAUAUAUAUAAUUUGUAUUCAAGAAGCACUUGCUUUUGUUGUCAUAAUGCCUGAUGUUGUCACUAUUACUUCCCUAACUCCUGCCUCAUGCAAGUCAACAAUGGGAAGAAGCUGUGCAGUUAUCUGAAAACAUGAUUGGCAGCAGAGUAUUUCUGGUAUUGUUACAUUCAAUGGUCAUUUGGAUGCUUUAGCCUUCAUGCAAGGAAGGGAAGCAGCAGAGACACUUGAUUAGUUUUGUGGAAGAAAUGAUCGAUAGGGGUAAGGCCUGAUCCUUGAACUAUUACUUACUGUUGUUUAGUCCUUAAGUUUAUGGUAUGUGCCAUUUAGGUCAAUGUGGACAAGCCCCAAGGUUGUCUGAUGAAAUGGUUGGUCAUGGAAUUUUAUUUGAUGCCAUAACUUUGACAAUGCUUUUGAUACUCUCUUCAAAACAAGGAUGACAAAAGGGCCCCCAAAGCAUUUGAGGCACAAUUCAAUUGGUAUGCGAUAUGGAGUUGAGCACAACUAACAGUAUGUUGAUUGAAAAAUAUUGUCUGAAUGAGAAAGUGGAUAAGGCAAAUGAGAUCUUUAUUUUACUGAUAGUCGACAGCAAAGAGCCACAUAUAGGAACUUAUGCUUGUUUCUUUGGGAGCUUUGUAAUUUUGUGAGCACAUUUCAGCUUUCAAUGGUGAUCAUUGAAGAAGCCUCUUAUUCAUCUCCUUCUUCCACCCGUCCAUGGAAAUACCAUGUCUUUUUGAGUUUUAGAGGUGAGGAUACACGCAAUAAUUUCACAGGACAUCUGUGCAGCGCUUUGCGUCAGAAGGGAAUCAACACCUUCAUGGAUGAUGAGCUCAGAAGAGGAGAAGAUAUAUCAACAGCGCUUCUCGAAGCAAUCGAAGAGUCAAAGAUUUCAAUCAUUGUGUUCUCUGAAAACUAUGCAUCCUCCAAGUGGUGCUUGGAAGAACUUGUCAAGAUCCUCGAGUGCAAGGAGUUAUACAAACAAAUGGUUUGGCCAAUUUUCUACAAAGUCAAUCCAUCGGAUAUACGAAAUUAUAGAGCUUGCUUUGGGGAGGCACUUGCUAAUCAUGAAUGCAAAUUCAAAGUUGACAUGGAGAAGGUCCAGAUAUGGAAGGCAGCUCUUAAAGAAGCGGCAAAUUUGUCAGGGUGGACUCUCUCAGAGCAUCGUUCUGAAUCCAGUUUUAUUCAUGACAUCGUUGGAGAGAUUUCAAAGCAAGUCAUAAACCAUACAUAUUUGGAUGUGGCCAAGUACCCAGUUGGAAUAAAAUGUCGUGUGCAAGAGAUCCUUGAGCUUUUAGAUGUUGAGGGAAGAGACGUUCAUAUGGUAGGGAUAUGGGGGGCUGGUGGAAUAGGUAAGACAACAAAUGCUAAAGCUGUCUAUAACUCAAUUGCUCAUAAAUUUGAAGGGAUUUGUUUUCUGGAAACUGUUAGAGGAAAUUCAAUGGGUGCCAAAGGCCUUGUCAAACUACAAAAGACACUUCUUCGUGAGAUUCUAAAGGAAACAAAAUUGAAGGUGGCCAAUGUAGCUAGAGGAAUCACUAUGAUCAAGGAAAGGUUGCAGUACAAAAGAGUUCUUUUAGUUCUGGAUGAUGUGGAUGACAUGGAUCAGUUAAACAAGUUGGCCGGUGACCCUAGUUGGUUUGGUAUGGGUAGUAAAAUCAUCAUAACAACAAGGGAUAAGAAACUGCUGAGAGGUCAUUGUGUUAAUUUGAUAUACGAGGUCAAGGAAUUGGACCAUGAUGAAGCUCUCGACCUUUUCAGUAUGAAUGCCUUUAAAAGAAGUCAACCUUCAGAUGGUUAUGUAGAACUCACAGAACGUGCAAUAUGCUAUGCUCAAGGCCUUCCAUUGGCUUUGACUAUUCUAGGUUCUUCUCUUUGCAAUGAAAAUGCAGAGCUAUGGCAAGCUGCAUUGGAUGGUUUCAAAAGCAGCAAAAUUCAAGAUAUUUUAAAACAAAGUUACGAUGGAUUGGAUGAGAGAGUAGUGAAGGAAGCUUUUCUUGACAUUGCAUGUUUCUUUAAAGGUGAAGAGAGAGCACAUGUGAUAAAAAUACUAGAAGCUUGUGGCUACAAUCCAAAGUAUGUUAUCAAUGUGCUCAUAGAAAGGGCCCUCAUCAGUAUCGAUCGUUAUGAUUGCAUCUGGAUACAUGACUUGGUAGAAGAAAUGGGUAGAGAUAUAGUCCACCAACAGUCACCCAAUGAUCCUGGAAACCGUAGCCGGUUGUGGUUUCAUAAAGAUGUUUACUAUGUUCUGACAGAGAAUACUGGAACAACCAAUGUUAUAGGCAUCAAGGUGGAGCUGCCUGAAGAUUCAGAUGUGAUAUGUUUAAGUGGUACCACUUUCUCCAACAUGCGAAAUCUUAGACUUUUUAUACACCGUUCCGGAUGCUAUUCUGGAUUUGUUGAUAAUUUACCAAAUAGCUUAAAGGUAGUUGAUUGGCCCGACUGUGACUUACAAUUUUUGCCAUCCAAUUCAAUUCCAAGAGAACUUGCUCCAAUCAAUAUGCCUAGGAGCCGCAUCACAGUAUUGGGAGAUGGAUUCAAGCAUCUGAUAAAUCUGACAUCAAUAGAUUUAGAAGAUUGUCAAUACCUAACAAAAGUCUCGGACAUAUCUGGAAGCCCAAACUUACAACGUUUGAAUCUAGAUCAUUGUAAAAAUUUAGUUGAAGUGCAUCCUUCUGUUGGAUACCUUGAGAAACUUAAUUAUUUGAGUCUUUGGAACUCCCCUAGGCUUGAGACUUUUCCCACAGAAGUCAGUUGGAAAUCCAUGAGGGAGCUUCUGCUUCGCUCUUGUAAAAGGCUCGAGAGUUUCAUAAACAUUGUGCACAAGAUGGAGUCCAUUACAUAUAUGACUCUAAGGGGAAGUGGCAUAAAAGAACUGCAUUCAUGGAUUGGAUGUUGCACUUCCUUGGAAAUUUUGGAUUUGGGUGGAACUCCAAUCAAACGACUGCCUUCAACAAUUGAAAAUCUUACUUCUUUGAGAGAAUUGAAGUUGUCAGGAAUUCCCAUUAAAGAACUGCCUUCAUCGGUUGGGUACUUUACUUCCUUAAUGGAAUUGGACGUGUCUAAAACUCUUAUUGAAGAAUUGCCUUCAUCAAUUGAAAAUCUUACUUCUUUAACAAAAUUGGAGCUGUCUGAAACCUUCAUUACAGGAUUGCCAUCAUCAAUUUGGUAUCUCACUUCCUUGGAGGAAUUGGACGUGUCUGGAACUCUCAUCGAAGAAUUGCCUUCAUCAAUUGAGUAUCUCACUUCUUUAAGAGAAUUGAAGCUGUCUAAGACUCGCAUCAAAGAAUUGCCUUUAUCAAUUGGGUGUCUCACUUCCUUGGAGGAAUUGGACGCGUCUGAAAGUCUCAUCGAAGAAUUGCCUUCGUCAAUUGAACAUCUUACUGCUUUAACAGAAUUGAAGCUGUCUAAAACUCCCAUUAAAGAACUGCCUUCAUCAAUUGGUUUUCUCACUUCAUUGCGGGUAUUGGAUGCUUCUGAAACUCUCAUUGAAGAAUUGCCUUUGUCAAUUGGAAAUCUCAUUGGCCUUGAUGAUUUAGCACUAAAAGGAUGUGCAAACCUUACAAAUGUGCCGCACAGUGUUUACGGAGGGCUGCAACAGCUACGAUUUCUAGACCUCUCUUGGUGCCCAAAACUGGUGACAUUUCCAAGUAGGGCGAGCGCUUUGGUUUCAUCAAGUGCAGAAUCUCUUCCUUUGAUGCUUCCAACUAAUUCAAACAAUGGGCAUGAUCAUCCUGGUUCAUUAUUGUUUCCCCAGCUACUGCGUCUUGAUUUUGAAGGAUGCAAAUUAUCAGUCUCUGAUUUCCUAAUGAAUCUUGACUGUGUGUCCACAUUACAGAGACUUAAUUUACUUGGAAGCAGUUUUGAUAGUCUCCCAGCAUGCAUCAGCAAAUUUCUUCAGUUGAAAUCUCUUGAUUUAAGUGGUUGCAAGAGGCUUAGAGACAUUUCAGAACUCCCACCAAAUAUAGCAUAUAUAAAUCUGGAUGAUUGCGUAUGGUUGGAAAGAUUUUCAAAUUUGUCCAAUAAACUGGAACAGAAAGACACUCCAGUACUUCCUCACAGGAUGGACUUGUCUAAUUGCCAUAGACUGGUAGAUAAUCUUGGCACAGACAUGGUGUCGAAGAUGGCAAAAGCAUUACUGAAUCAGAUGGUGUAUGACGCCUCACAUCGGAACGGGAAGUACUGGAAUAUUAUACUUCCAAGUCUCCCGGGAAUUGGAGUUCCAAAGUGGUUUGACAGGGGUGAGGUCGACACUAGUGUGCUUCGUGGUCAUGAAAUUUUGAUAAAAAUCCCUAGGAAUUUGAAGGGUGAGAGAAUAGGAUUGGUUGUCUGUGUUGUUUUUGAAAUUACCAAAGAUUUUUCCCGUGAUUAUUGUGGUUGUGCUGUGACUGUUGUGAUUGAUAAAAAAAAGGAUCAUGACAGUGUUUGCCCUUAUUAUGACUCAGAAAAGAGAAAAGCGACAGAGUCAUCGGCUCAUGAUCAUGUAUACGUGUGGCUGACAUGUAUUGAUUUCAAGGAGCUACAGGUGGUGGAUCAUGUGGUUCGAGUGAUUUUUGACUCAGAUGGCAAAGGGUUGCUCCUAAAAGGUUUAGGGGUCCACCUGGCUGAUAUGAAAGAGGAUCAUGCAAAUGGUGAAGACUUGGCACGAGAAAGAUAUAGGCAGAGCAUUUCUGAUCAGGUGGCUUUGGACGUAGAAGGGGCAGCUGUAUCAUCAUUAGUAUCAGAUGACACCAAUUCCGGGGAAGUGCAUGAUGAUCAUCAUGAUGGGGAGCAAGAUCAAGAACAAGAACAAGAACAGGAACCUCAUCUUCCAACCAAAAGAUUUGAAAACUUGGCAAGACAAACAAAUAUAGGCAGAGCAGUGUUAUCAUUUGUGAGGUGCUUUGGAAUUACCUGCUUGUGAUUUUGGUCACGCACAAGGUGCAGCUAGCUCUAGAAUCAUCAAGUACCAAUCGAGUCCUUGAAGUACACUAUGAUCAUUAAUAGUUGGAUUCCAGUUAGAAGAAGCCUUUCUUUUGCCGAAGUUGAUAUCCAAGGAUGACGGUUGAUGGUGAUAGGCAGAGGCACCAAUUGAUCUGGACUAGCAUGUGAUGGUCAUCUCUCGAUCAAUCCACACGAACAAGGCUGGGUUUGUCCUUCAAUUUCAAUUUGUGUCUGCUUAUUGGUUGUCUGUGUUUAAGUAUAAUGUAUUUGAGAGAGAUUGAUGAGA